AUGUGCCUCCCGCAGUGGCAACAGGACCCCGCCAUCCGAUGCUCGGAGCUCUCCCAGUGCCGCUCCGCCCGGCCCUCGCUCCCACACCCUCCGUCCGCAGCCGCGUUCCGACAGCGGCCACCUAGGCCCGGCCCCCGGGGCCCCGCCCCACACCCCCGAGUCCAGCGCGCCAGCGCUUGCACGGUCCCCGAAACCCGCUCCCGGCUCCCAGCGCCAGCACCGCCGCACUCACCACGGCUGGUCCCGCUCGCCGCCCUGCCUUUCCUGUGUGCUCCCUUAAGAGUCCCCCGCUCUUUGAAGGGAAACAGCUACCGCCGCCCUCGGGUUCCGCGGCGGGUUCCUGGCGCGCAAGGAGGGCGCGGUCUGCAGGGGCCGCCGCUGCCAGGGGACUGUCUUCGGGUUUUGAUCAAGCAUUUAUUUGAUCUCCAUCCUUGUAGCUCGGACGUCUGCUAUCAGCACCAAGCCCAGGUACUGCGCUUGGGCUUACACUUUAGGCCCUACACUUAG